AUGUCAGACGUUCACGAUAAAGAUCAGCUCGUUAAAGCCGGUGAUCCGAAAGAAGAACCGAAAGUAAGAGACGUGAAAGAUGAAGGAGAGAACUCCGUUGCAGCACUCCAAAUGAAACUUUUUUCUGCGAUUUAUUAUGCUUGCAUGCAAAUGUCUGAAGAUGUAGCUAAUGAGAUGAGUAGCAACAGUGAGGGCCGAUUGGAAUUUGAUGGAAGUGUGAUUGCUCAAACUGCUCGUCUGGUUAUGGAUGCCCUGUGCGAUACCUGGCCGAGUGAACUAAGUGCUUUCGCUAAACAUGGUAAGAGAGCAAUUGUCAAUAUGAGCGACGUAAUGCUGCUGUUCCGACGUAACGAAAGUCUGGCAUGGUUUUAA